UUUCUGUGCAGUUUAAUGGUUUUGCAAGGGAUAAAAGAUUUCUUAGAAGACAGGAAUUUCAGCUCUCAAAUUUGGCCGUUUUGUUUGUGAGGCCUUACGUUUAGAAUUUUGUCAAAAUAGAAGGACUUCUGGAAGAAUAAACUAACCAUGUUUUCUAUAUAUAUUCAUCAGAUCACCAGUUUGGAAGCAGACAUUACCAGAAGGGAUUUUAGGGACAUAAAUUCAUCUCCUGAACCUGUCAAGGAAGAAGAACCACAGUCAUUGUUUGAUUCAUUCAAAGAAACAGUCACAGAGUCGCUGAGAGAUGACGAUGAACCACAGGGAGCUUAUGCUGCAGAAAGAAGCAACUCACCACAUCAAUCUGACAUUGAAGACAUACCACUUGAGGACACUAUACAAGAAAAGGUUGCUGAUGUUCUUGGAGAUCAUGGUGUUACACUAGGAGGGCUUGUUGAUGACAAAGAAGAUAAGUCAUAUGAGGAGAGACGAAACAGUUCAGCUGAUGUGCAGCCAUCUGUGUAUGAAGCUAGUGGUGAGAACAAAGAAGACGCGACAGAAAUCCAAGAUGACAAAGAAACUGAAGAGGACAAACCUAUUGAUCAAAUGCCAGCUGAAGAGGUGGCGGAUGAAGAAAUUGAAGCUGAAGGCAACGAAAACAGAGACAAUGCUGAGGAAGAGGUUGACAACAAUGAAGCCGAAGACAAUGAAAACAGAGCGAAUGCUGACGAGGAGGUUAACAACAAUGAAGGUGAAGAAGUACAAGAAGAAGAAAUUGAGGAGAAUAAGGAAGCUAAAGGAGAAGACAGUGAGCAGGAUCACCCCGAAGUAAGUGAGCCACCUGAAGACAACGAAACAAACGAACCCCUCGAUACAAACGAAGCCGAUGAACCACUCGAUACAAACGAAGCCAAUGAACCACUCGAUACAAACGAAGCCAAUGAACCACUCGAUACAACUGACCCACCUGAGGCAAAUGAGCCACAAGAAUCCGUACAGUGAAAAUAAUAUAUAUUUGUUUAGAUUAUUCAGUAGUUUUAAGAAGUCAAGCCAGGGUUCCCGCCACAAGCAGAGACAUCCUAUGCGCUAGACAUUCUUCGCCAGUUUUCCUCUGUUUGUAUGUCAACCUGUGAAUUCCGAAAAUCAUACGGAAAGUGACCAACUUUCCAUACUUUUUCUCUGAGGUCAAUAACAUUAAAGUCGCAAAUCUUGUCUCGCAUAAUUUGCAGUUACUUAACAGUCUUGAUGUCAGCCAAUCAAAUGAUCAAGUUUGGUUCCAGUGAUUUUCCCCGUCCUCAACAGAUGGCGUGUGGCAUUUUUCGCACUACUUUUGAUCGAUGAAGGUUUGUGGUAUGACCGUAUCUCUGAAUGUACUAGACAAAGGCUGAACUUGUUUCGUCUUGUACAUGUAUGUCCAACUCUCUAUUCGUUUCUCUAAGCCAUUACGAAUAAAUGGAGAUAAAUUCCUACUGGGUAGUAAACUAAAUGUACUAAACAAAGGCUGAACUUGUUUCGUCUUGUACAUGUAUGUUCCAUUCUCUGUUCGUUUCUCUAAGCCAUUGCGAAUAAAUGGAGAUAAAUUCCUACUGGGUAGUAAACUGGUGUCAAACCCAAAACUAUUUCUACAGAACCUGCCACUCACCCUUUCUUUGAAACAGCGAUUAAGAAGGAAGUCCUUUGUGAAAGGGGGGAGUUUAUUUCCGUCAGUCUUUUGGCAAAUCGCUUUGAGCAUAAAAUAUGCAUUUCAUGUUGAUCUUAUCUUAAAACGUCGCUAAAUUGACUUUUAAAUUUGCUGUAGCAUUCGAAUGCCAUUUACUGCGUUGACUUGGGCUUUGGGGCAUUUCUUCAGAGAAUUAGCUUACUGUGUAAAUAUGCUGUAAAUAAACAACCGUGUUAAUAAGCAUCAUAGUGGGUAUAUCCAUGUAUUUUACCAAUCAUUUAUACAUCGCGUGACGUACAUACAUCGUAAAUAUAACAUCGAUAUUGUGAACGUAAUAAAGUGGUUAUUAUCAAGAA